CUCCCGAUGCCCCUUCUUUUAAAAACGCCUGAGCUCCUGUCUCCAACUCAGCAACUAAACUCACAUGAGAAAAGGGCAGCGGCUCUGCUCUGCUCCACCAGCAGCAUCUCCACUCACACCUGACAAACUGAAGAGGCUACUCUCAGCUCUAUCUAAAGAAUUAGCACUGUUUUCUUAAAUGAAUGUUAUAGAGGAUCUGAGAAAAAAAACAAGAAAUCAUCUGUAGCUGAAGGUGUGGUACCAUGUUGGAAUUAAAUAAGGUGGCACUCCUGCUGUCUGUCCUGGCUUCAGUGGCUCUGGGCCAAGGACCUGUGAGGACCAGGAGCCAGUCAGACAGGAGCAGUAGAGUGGCCUUCAACACAUUCACUGACACACAGACAACAGGCGUGACAGAGUGGACGUCUUGGUUCAACAUCGACCAUCCUGGAGGGAAUGGAGACUAUGAGCGCCUGGAGGCGAUCCGAUUCUAUUACAGGGAGAGGGUCUGUGCUCGGCCCAUGGCCAUGGAGGCUCGUACCACAGACUGGGUUGCAGCAGCAGACACCGGAGAAGUGGUCCACUCCAGUCUGGAGAAAGGCUUCUGGUGCAUCAACAGGGAACAGCCCCAGGGCCGCGUCUGCUCCAACUACCAUGUCCGCUUUCAGUGUCCCCCAGUGCAGAGCUACUGGACUGACUGGAACGAGUGGGGUCCCUGUUCAACCACAGUUUGUAAUGACGUAGGCAUUCAGGUCCGCCAGAGGAAAUGUGUGAACACCCAGCCCAUGCCUCUCCUGUUGGUGCCAGCGUGCCAGGGGCACCAUUCAGAAAGAAGAGAGUGCUCUAACCCUCCAUGUACAGCCAAGUGGAGUCCGUGGGGUCGGUGGGGGGCGUGUUCAGCGACCUGUGGCGGAGGCCGCAGGAUUAGGAGGAGGACCUGUGCGAGGACCUCAGUGAUAGUUCAGUGUACUGGACGGCCUGUUGAAAUGCAGAAGUGUGGGAAGAGUCCAUGCCCAGCCAAAUGUCAGCUUGUGUGCACCGAGGGCCGCCCCAGUGAGGACUGCAGCCGGUGUACAUGUGACGACCACGUGCUAAGCGGGGAAGUCCACAGUGUGACUGGUGUCCCUGUGGCAGCAGCCUUGGUGUCACUGGCCAGCCAGCCUAAGGUGAUCCGUGCCCGAACAGAUGCCAAAGGUCAGUUCAGGCUCUUAGGAAUCUGCUCCUCCAGCUCGACUUUGAUCGCCAUCAGGAAGGAGAAGUUUUCCCCGAUCACCGUCUCCACCACCAGUAACACAACAGGGUUGUCAUGGGUAUGGGCUGUCCUCAAAUCAGCUGAAAAGCCGUACAUUGUGAAGCACCCAGAGGACAAAAUGCGUUAUGAAGGAGGACGGGUGAUGUUUUGCUGCAAGGCAACGGGAUCACCAACACCUGACAAAUACUACUGGUUCCACAAUGGGACUCUGCUGGACAGGAAGGUGUACAAGUAUGAGGAGGACCUUGUACUGUGGGGCUUGAAGCCGGAGCAGUCAGGGCAGUACUACUGCAAGACUAGCAGCUCUGCAGGCAGCAUCAAGUCCUCUCCAGCCCUCCUCACUGUUAUUGCAAAAGGAAAGACAGCAUGCAAUUCCACCCCUGAAACGCACCUCAUCAGACUCCCGAUGGACUGUGUUCAACCUGGGACCGACUCCAUGCACUACAAUGCUGGUCGCUGCCCUCACAACAAAUGUGCUGGCUCCUUAGACUUUGAUAUGCGCUGCAGUGAUGAAACUAGCUUCUGCUGCGGAGUCCAAAAUAUGGAAAGUCGAAUUAUUGACUGUGGGAGCUACAGCCUCCCUAUCCGGGCUGUGACACAGUGCAGCUGUCAGAAGUGUUUGCAGCCCACUGUGCUGGUUCGUGGCAGAGUGGUCACAGCUGACAAUGAUGAGCCUCUGCGUUUUGGGCACAUCUACAUUGGUAAAGAGAGGGUGGGCACCACUGGAUACCAAGGAGGUUUCACAUUGCACAUUACUCCUGAUACACAGAGAUUAGUGGUAAAUUUUGUUGACCCUACUGAGAAAUGUAUUGACACUCCUAAGGUGUUCAUCCUUGAUAAGAAAGGUGGGUCCAUUUACCAUGAUGUGAAGGUAAUGAGAAAGCAGGCAGCAAUUGAUAUCAAUGCAGGAGAGACCAACUCUAUUAACCUAGGGGAAAUUAAAGGAGAAGACCCCAUUGGUCACUUGGUCAUUCCUCCCAACUCCUUCCACAAGGACAAUGGAGAAAUCUAUGAGGGAACUGUGAAAGCCAGCGUCACAUUCAUUGACCCAAGAAAUAUCACCACGGCGGCCGCCGCCCCUGGCGAUCUCAACUUUGUGGAUGAUGAGGGUGACAUGCUCCCUUUGAGGACCUAUGGCAUGUUCUCUGUGGACUUCAGAGAUGAGACCAACAAGGAGGUACUUGGAGCUGGAGCUGUUCAAGUCUUUCUCGACACACAGCACGUUAAAAUGCAAGAGCACAUUCCCAAAAUGAAACUGUGGUCUUUAAACCCAGACACAGGAGUCUGGGAAGAAGAGAGUAACUUCUCCUACACCACAACUACUGGUGGUCAUGGGCGGAGCAAACGAGAGGAUCGCACAUUCCUCAUAGGCAACAUGGAGAUCAGAGAACGUAGGCUCUUUAAUUUAGAUGUGCCUGAAAACAGACGGUGCUACGUCAAAGUCCGAGCCUACAUGAGUGAUAAGUUCCUACAUAGUGAACAACUGGAGGGGGUUGUGAUCAGCUUGAUAAACUUGGAACCCAAACCUGGAUUUUCCUCUAAUCCUCGGGCAUGGGGCCGUUUUGACAGUGUCAUAACUGGAUCCAAUGGGGCCUGUUUACCAGCUUUCUGUGAUGCCCAAAUGCCCGAUGCCUACACAGCUUAUGUCACAGCAAUGAUAGGUGGGGAAGAACUGGAGGCAGCUCCAUCCUCCCCCAAGAUGAAUCCAAACAUCAUUGGAGUGUCUCAGCCAUAUUUGGAUAAAAUAAACUACCAGCGCUCAGACCACGACGAUCCAGCUCUAAAGAAAACAGCCUUCAGAAUCAACUUGGCAAAGCCAAACCAAAAUAAUCUUGAUGAGACCAAUGGGCCAAUAUAUCCGUAUCAGAGUUUAAUAGGUUGUGAAAACGCCCCUAUUGAUGCCAAUCAUUUCAGAUUCUUCAGAGUGGAAAAGGACAAGUAUGAAUACAAUGUUGUCCCCUUUGAGGAGAAUGAUUUGACAACCUGGACAGGAGACUACCUCUCCUGGUGGCCUAACCCCCAGGAGUUCAGAGCAUGCUUCAUUAAGGUCAAGAUCCACGGACAGAAGGAAGUGAUGGUCAGGUCGAGGAAUAUGGGAGGAACACACAGAGAAACGAAAGGCAAACUUUAUGGCAUAAGAGACAUUCGCAGCACCCGGGACAUGCGAGAGGCCAACACUUCAGCAGCCUGUUUAGAGUUUAAAUGCAGCGGCAUGUUGUUUGAUCAAGCUGAGGUGGACAGAUCCAUCAUAACAGUCCUUCCACAGGGGAACUGCCGCAGAACUGGCACCAACAGCCUCCUACAAGAGUAUCUCAUCAAACAUCCACCAGUCGCUCAAAAUAACGAGUCCCAUGGAUUCACCAUGCUAGCCCCUGUUGAUCCUUUGGGACACAACUAUGGCAUCUACACAGUCACAGACCAGAACCCCAGGGUGGCCAAGGAGAUUGCUAUAGGCCGCUGUUUUGAUGGCACCUCUGAUGGUUUCUCCAGGGAGAUGAAGUCAGACUCUGGAGUGGCGCUGACCUUCAGCUGUCCAGAGAGGAAAAUUAACAGAGAAAGCCUAUUCCAACGUCUGCAGACCAACCCGGGUCAGACUCUGUCUCAGAUGGCGAGGAACAUGAGGGAGUCGGAGGGUCUGCAAGGAUUAUCCACCCAGAUGGUGGCCUAUCCUUCAGAGCAGCGGAGCAGGACCCAGAGUCGCAGAGUCAGCUCUACAACAAGGAGGAGAGUGUCCAUGCGUACACAGCAACGCCAAUAGAUGUUCCAAGGUCUUCUGUCAAGACUGAUAUGAUGUCAUCAAAUCAAGGAAGUAAAAGUUGCCCGUCUGUUGAUGAGUAUGAACUCCCUCUUGACUAUGGAAACCACAAAACCGAAGCAGGCAGCAAUUCAGCAAAAUAAAAGAGUGAUUGAAGAUA